UUACAUGUGCGUAUUCCACAUUGUGUAGAGAUCAGUGAUUGAUUCCCAUACGGUUGGGUGCCAUGUAUGGAAGUUAUCUUGUAGUUUUGAGUGAGGGCCUGGUGUGUUUUGCUGCCUUCUUGGUUUUCAUGCUAAUGAUGAGUAUUUCACUAUUCAUGAGCAAAACGGUGUCAUCCCAGGAGGAAAGCCUAAAUGUUACACUAGUCUGUAUGCAAAAAGUCCAGCUUUUUGUAGAUUUUGCUUGACUGAAUUUUCUCUCUGAUGAUUCAUUGUUGUUCAUGUGCAAAGCAGUAAGUAAGCACCAAUGCUUUUCUCGGAAAUGUUUUCAGUAGCUGCGAUGAACAGAUCAGGCCAGUGCUCCUGAGGAACACGGGUAGUUAAACAGCCAAGGGUAAAACGGACUACUAAACAUGAAGUCCAGCUGAAUGAUUCCAAUCUCCAAAUAUACAGUAGCCAACUGAAGCAAGCAGUUUCUUAUCAUUUACGUCAGUGAUCUGAUAAGUUGAUUGAAAUUAGAACUUUCGUCAAACGAGACGUUAAACAGCACAUGUAUAAGCUUCACUGAAUGAUUUACCUCAACUUUCGUCAGGUCGUUGGACGUAGCAAGUAUUCAGCGUCAUCCAGGUACAUGUACAAUGCACCUCUGUGGUUGGCUUGAGUCUCAUGUAGACAGACAAGUUGAUGUACGGAUAACAAAUUUCCCUGCGAUAAGUAAAAGGCAUAAACAGCCACAGCUGACCUCUGAAGUGUAAUCUUUCUUUCUUGCAAUGCACAGUGAAGGUACAUGCAUAUGCGUUUGUAAGUUAUAUGCUCGGUUCAUUAGUCCACAAGUGAUACAGAAGACACGAAUGUGAGGCAUCAUGGCAUUGUCCGAUGUAAUUGCAAGUAUUUCCCACUGGGUGAGCAAUGUUCUUUGGCUGUGCAGUCAGCCUUUAUAUUUGGUCCAGGACAUCUAUGAAACAAACUAUGAAGUCAUGUCUGCAGUGUUCUCGACCAUCUAUUACUGUUUGCUGUACACAGCAAAAGCCGGGCAGUUGUUGAUGUUUGGGGUUCUCUCAGUGGUUGAGACAAUCAUAGAUCUACUUGGCAACUUACAAUAUGUCAUCCGUGUCAGCGUGUCUGGGCUUAUUACGGUCUUCAAGUUUGGGGUUCAAAUGUCACUGGUCAUUUUCCAAACGACAGUGAAUUAUGGGCUGUGGAUCAUAAGCAAAGUGUGGUACGGUGCCGUUUGGUCUUACACUUCAUUGGGUUAUUGCAUUAGUGUGGUCGUCGAUGCUGUAGUGGCAGUUCUUCCAACAUUGGUAGAAUUUCAGAAAGGUACAGGUGCACUUCUUCAUUAUGUUGUGGUGUCAUUCGGGCAUUUCCUAACAAUGGCAGUGCUGACAGUGUCUGGUACAUUGGCUUGGACCCUCUCUUCUGCACUGACUUGGAUGGUAGGAGCGCUGACUGCCGUUUGUCGCUCAAUUCUCCAGUGGUUUGAUGAUUUGUGGGAGAUGAUGACCUGUGCUGAAAUCUCACUUGCAACUGCCCGGGCUUACUCCACCAGAAAGUUUGAAGAACUGUAUUUUGGGGUGUUAGAGGCUAGCAGUAAUGCAUUUGGCUCAUUUGUUAGUCAUCUAUUUGUCUUUCUGUCUACAGUGUCCUAUAUCAUGCUUUUUGCUGUUUGUUGUCUUGUUCUCGUCCUGGUCCCCAUGAAGUUUUACGGCCUGUACAUGAAUGCCUUGAGCUCAGCCCAUACAAUGGUGAGACUGUUACACCAAGCAUUGUUUGGCAGUGAGCACGCCGGACAACAGAAUCGAGAGCACAGGCCACCGCAAGUCACACGAAACGUAGAACAGCAACUUCCUGCAGAGGGGGAUGCAUCUGACACAGACGGUGACAAUUCACUCUUGAGUAGCAUACGACCAAGACGUGUAGCCCCUGCGGCGCCACCACAGCACACACCACCAGCGAAUCCCCAGCAAGUCCCACAAUCAUCAGGGGGCAGCUCAGCAGCCAACCGGCCAGGACCAUCUGGGAAGCAUGCCCAGCAAAUCAGGCCAACACCUCCCUCAGCACCAAGCCUAUCUGCCCCCAAGUCCAACAAGGCCAGCCUGGCCAGGCAACUUGAGGAGGAGCGAGACCGUCAGCUGUGCGUGGUCUGUCAGGACAAUGGCAAGAACAUCCUGAUCCUGCCCUGCAAGCAUCUGUGCGUCUGCCUAGAGUGCGUGGAGGAGAUAACUGGGCAGCAAAGGCGAGAUGCAAGGAAGUGUCCCCUCUGUCGACAGGCCAUCAGAAGUUACCUCGAAGUGUAUACCUGAAAUACUAGUCUUUGUGCAAGACGGUUCUGUUUGUAAUGGACUUUAACUCACCGCAGCCAGAUGGUGUAGUCCGCCCCAAGCUGAAGUGCACCCCCAAUCAGCGAAAGAAAGACAGGUGGUUACAAGCGGGUUCUUGCACGCAUUCUGCGUGUACGCAAAGACCAUACAUGCAGGACGAAAUUAGUUGUGCAUACUCGGCGUGUUUUGCGUCAAACGUGUAUAUUUUUGUGCUUCAUGGCAUGCCUAUGCAGUGAGUACCAAAAACACGCUCUCUUUUGUUCUGCUCGGAGCGGAUAAUCACCCUCAAACUACAAUGUACUAUCACAAACUGCUAUUUGGUAAUGGUUCAUGAGUGAAUGAUUGUGGUUUGUGUGUGAUAGUUGUCUGUGAGACAGUGCCAUCUUUCAGCAAUGAAUUAUGGUCCAUAACAAACAAAUUUUCAACAACUGGAUAAUUUUAAGCAGUAGCUGAAGUUUCAGUGAAAGGUGUUUUUUUUUUAAAAGCAACUUUAGUUUUUAUGUAGUGCAAAAUACAUUUUUUUCUCACCUGUUGCUUGGGGUCAUGGCCAAAGUGUGUAAAUAUUUACCAUUUAGCAACAAUGACCACUGACAGCUGAAACCAUGCUUCAAGACAAAUGAAAUAAAUGUUCGACGCCGGUGCUUAACACUUAGAGCCACUUCUGUACAUGUAUAUUGCAUAGAUUUUAGGAUCCCAUUUUGGGUAUAUGUAGGAAAGGAGCAAGACCUGUACCCAGGGUUGAACAUGGGAUUGAACCUGUGACUUUACAAGUGGUACUCCCAAAACCACCACGUAGAAAUUCACAAAUUUGGCCAGUGCAUCAUCUGGGCCCAGGGCGGAUCCAGCUUCAGUAAAGUACAGAAUACACAGUGGAACACUUCGCCCCCUGGAACACACAGGGGCAGGGGCUUUGGCCUCCUUGUGUCCUUUUGUAUACGUGUAAUUUAAUGAAGUCAGCCAGCGUAGGCUGGAUGAUCGAGUCUGUACAGCAGUACAACAGCAGAGCACCAGCAUGCUAUUGCAGAUAAUUCAGGCUCACGUUAAUUUUCUGACAAAUUGGGUGUGCUGAUUUUGUCUUUCCCUUCAAAAGGAGCUGUGAGGAUUGCCCAAUAAAAAUUCCUGGACUGUUUGUCAAGAGUUGCACUUGCCAAAUUUCCCCCCCCCCUUUUGUCUAAUGGCAAUGUGGAGGUUAUGCACGGCAGCCAUCUUCCCGGUCAGUGUUAUUGUUCCACAUACAAAUAUGCACAAGUAGACCUUUUGUGCACAUCCCCCUUAACAAAAGCACUGACUUGGAAGAUGGCUGCCAUACAAACCGCUAUACCGGCACUGUGCAUUAGUAUGCAUCCACCUGUCCUCUGGUGGUCAAUUUUAUAGUGCUUUAAGUUCUAAACUUGUUCCGCUAUUUGGGGAUUGGCCAAUGCUUAUAGAGUACCAAAGUGAAUACGUUAUACGUCACAGUUGUGUGUAAAAGACAUUAGGGCAAGAACUCCAUUCAUUUGCGGUACACUCCCUGAUUGAAAAUGCCGUCACACUUCAGUACUCUAUAGGCACUGACUUGGAAUCAUUUUUUGUAUACUUACUGAAAUUGUGUAUCAAACCACUGAUACAUCACUGUGACGCCUAACUGAAGUUUACAUGUUCAUGUAAAUCAUGAAUACCCUGCUGUUGUUAUGAAGAAUGAACUUGUGCAAAAUGGUUCAGAUGUGUGCAGCUUUUCAAAAAUGUUAUCAGUGCUUCCAAAUUGCUCUGUUUGAAAACUAGAAUUUUUUAUGUACACAUUCAUAGUUCAGCUCAGCAGUUGGGUAAAAUUAUGUUUACUUUGAAAUAAAAACGGGAAAGAAUGAAA